CGCAGUACGCAGGUCCCAUCACCAUCGACGACACGAUGACAGAAAUUGGCUCCGCGGUGCGGUUAUCGUUGCUCGGCUUCCUCCUGUGCCUGCAGGUCGGCAGGGCUCCAGCCCGCAGCCCCCGCACGGUGGACCAGGUGUCUGAGGCCGACAUCCAGCGGAUCCUGCACGGCGUCAUGGAGCAGCUGGGCAUCGCUCGGCCAAGGGUGGAGUAUCCUGCACAUCAGGCUACCAACAUUGUCGGGCCUCAGAGCAUACAGGGUGGUGCUCACGAAGGGCUGCAGCACCUCGGCCCCUUUGGCAACAUCCCCAACAUCGUGGCCGAGCUGACCGGCGACAACGUUCCCAAAGACUUCAGUGACGAUCACGGGUACCCAGACCCUCCAAACCCCUGUCCCCUGGGAAAGACAGCAGUAGACGGGUGUUUGGAAAAUGCUCCGGACACAGCCGAGUUCAGCAGAGAGUUUCAAAAACACCAGCACCUUUUUGACCCAGAGCACGACUACCCAGCACUGGCGAAAUGGAACAAGGAGCUUUUGUACCAAAAACUGAAGGGAGGACCAAAAAGAAGAAAAAGGAGUGUCAACCCGUAUCUAAUGGGCCAGAGGCUGGACAAUGUGGUUGCCAAAAAAUCUGUUCCUCACUUCUCUGAGGAAGAAGAGGAAGAGCCCCCAACUGCCUCUGCUGCCAGCAAAUCUACAACCUAAACUCCUGCACCUGCAACACUCACUGUAAUAUUAAAGUAUACUCUCAGAUACAAGUUUGUUACACUACAUAUUUAAGCAUUUUGGUUCUAACAAGCAAUGGAUUUGUGACUUCAUGGCAAUACUGUAAAAUAAGAAAUAGUAUGCAGAUGAAAGAGAGGCACAUUUUUAUUGUAUUGCAGUCAUAUUAAUUAGCCCAGAUCUUGUUCAUUAAUUAGACAGCAUGUGCCUGAAAAGUGUUUCUCAGUUCACUUAUAGCAACCAAUUUUAUACAGAAUAGUCACAUUGCCUGAGAUUCAACCGUUUUAAUCCAAAAUGCUAAAAUACUAUGUGUUUAAGUCUUGACUGUCAGUAUACAACUGUAUUAUAAUAAGACGUAUAAAGAUAUUUUGAUUUGGAGGAAUGUUGAAUGAGAAAGUCAUAAUUACUCAUGGCUGUACAGAAAUCAAUUUGCUCACUGACGUUUCUGAAGUUUUUGUAUGUCUUGCUAUAACCAAUUAAUCACCUCUGUGUCUUCAGAAGCAACAGUUCAAUACAGUUCCUAUUCUUGGUUAAGUUCAUUAUGAACGGUAGCAGCUUUGCUUUGUCAUGUAAGAGAUGACUUUGAACUCUGUCACCGUCGCAAGGCAAAUAUUGUAGCUCUCAUUCUCAUUAGUAUCUGUUCUCGUCACCAUACUGCAGUAACAUGAGCCUCUACAGGCAGCGCUGAGUCUCAUCUUAUGUAAAAAUGUCUGUGUUAUGUUUUAGCUCUGUGAAGUCAAAUAAACAAUUUAUCUGCAUUGA